AGCCCCGGGCUCGCGUCGGCUCCGCCCGCUCGCGGCCCGCCCCCUAUGGGCCCCGGCUAGAGGCGCCACCGCCGCCGGCCCGCGGAGCCCCGAUGCUGGCCCGGAGAAAGCCGGUGCUGCCGGCGCUCACCAUCAACCCCGCCGUCGCCGAGGGCCCGUCCCCCACCAGCGAGGGCGCCUCAGAGGCGAACCUAGUGGACCUGCAAAAGAAGUUGGAGGAGCUGGAACUAGAUGAGCAGCAGAAGAAGCGGCUUGAGGCUUUCCUCACCCAGAAGGCCAAGGUCGGUGAGCUCAAGGACGAUGACUUCGAACGGAUCUCAGAGCUGGGAGCUGGCAAUGGCGGUGUGGUCACCAAGGUCCAGCACAGACCGUCAGGCCUCAUCAUGGCUCGGAAGCUCAUCCACCUGGAGAUCAAGCCAGCCAUCCGCAACCAGAUCAUCCGAGAGCUGCAGGUGCUGCACGAGUGCAACUCACCCUACAUUGUGGGCUUUUACGGGGCCUUCUACAGCGACGGGGAGAUCAGCAUCUGCAUGGAGCACAUGGACGGCGGCUCCCUGGACCAGGUGCUGAAAGAAGCCAAGCGGAUCCCUGAAGAAAUCCUGGGGAAAGUCAGCAUUGCGGUACUCCGGGGCCUGGCAUACCUCCGGGAGAAGCACCAGAUCAUGCACCGAGACGUGAAGCCCUCCAACAUCCUGGUCAACUCUCGAGGGGAGAUCAAGCUGUGUGACUUUGGGGUGAGCGGGCAGCUCAUCGACUCCAUGGCCAACUCCUUCGUGGGGACUCGGUCCUACAUGUCUCCGGAGCGGCUACAGGGCACACACUACUCGGUGCAGUCGGACAUCUGGAGCAUGGGGCUGUCCCUGGUGGAGCUGUCCAUCGGCAGGUACCCCAUCCCCCCACCCGACACCAAGGAGCUGGAGGCCAUCUUCGGCCGGCCAAUGCUUGACAGCACUGAAGGACAGCCCCAGAGCAUCUCACCACGGCCCCGGCCCCCUGGACGCCCCAUCAGCGGUCAUGGGAUGGACAGCCGGCCCGCCAUGGCCAUCUUCGAGCUGCUAGACUACAUCGUGAAUGAGCCACCGCCCAAGCUGCCCCAUGGCGUGUUCAGCCUGGACUUCCAGGAGUUUGUAAAUAAAUGCCUCAUUAAGAACCCAGCGGAGCGCGCGGACCUGAAGAUGCUCAUGCCCUCCCUUCCUCCCUCGCAGAACCACACCUUCAUCAAGCGCUCCGAGGUGGAAGAGGUGGACUUCGCCGGCUGGCUGUGCAGAACCCUGCGCCUCAACCAGCCCAGCACACCGACGCGCACUGCUGUGUGACAGCGCCUGCCUCAUCCCGCCAGCCACCUCUCCUGGCAUCUGGGCCGCCGUGCUCUGGCCCAGCCAGGACAGGCCUGUGCUUCUUGCCCUCCACCCCAAGAGCCUUGGUGUCUGUGUCCCCAGGGGAGGGGUGAUGCGUGCCUGCUGUCAUCGGGGUCAUCGGGACCCUGCUUCCUUAGGUCUAAACACAAUGAAACAAAAUGGGAAGAAACCGCACAUCA